AUGCACCGGCUAUUUGCCGCUGGCCUGCAACUGGUGGCAGUCACGUUCUCGCCCGCGGCUUCCGUCGACGAGACACAAGCGUGGACCUCAGGCUACCCCCUCCGACUCGUGGACGCGUCGGCCCCAGGCGUGGACGCUGGGCUGAAUGAGCUGGCCCUCAGCGUCAUGCCCUCCACCUCUCACUUCCAGUCGCUGGGGGAGAACGAGGUGCUGUGCAGCCGGGGAGAGGUCGAAGGAUGGCAGCUGUACGCGCUGCGUGGCGACGGUGGCCCCCCGGCCGACGCCAUCGCCGGCUGGGUGCGGCGGGGCGCCCUGCUGCGGACGGUGGCCGAGUUCUGCCCCCAGGCGGUGCUGCUCGUGCUGGCCCGCCACGUGGAGUCCGUGCUGCUGGCCAUGCGGGGCCCGGACCCGGCCGCGGACCUGCAGGAGGCGGGGCUGGCGCAGCUGAAGUACGGGCUGCUGAAGAGCUGGCUGGGCCGAGAGGUCUUCCCGCACGCGCCCUGGGACCUCGUCGUCCGCGGGUGGGGCCUGGAGGAGCGCGAGGCACGCAUCUUCGAGUCCUACAAGAGUAUACUAUCCCAGGUGUCCCGUUCCAGGAACCAUGAGCCCUCCAAAGUGUGCAUCUCUCAACCGGGCGAUUCUCUUGCAGGCAGAGCCGCCCCCGUACCACCUCCGCCGCCCUCCCACCCGCCUUCCGCCGCGGAGGCCGGGUCGUCCCGAUCGAUACAUCCAAGGCUCGGGCGGGGCUGGGAAGAGGAUCAAUCCGUUCCAGAGCGUUCCGGAACGCUCUCAGAACGUUCCGGAACGUUCUGA